AUGGCGGCCCUUCUCCUGGUCCUCGUGGUAGCCUGUGCGCUCUUCGUGGGGGUUUUGCUGUGGGUGGUCUGCAGCCAUUUCUUCACUGCGCAUAUCCCUGCGGCCGUCGACCACCCUGUGAAACUGUGGGUCCUGAGCUGCCUGUUCCAGCUGUUGGUGACAUGGGGGACGAUUUUGGAGAAACUAAGAAUCUGUUCGAUGCCCCAGUUCGUCUCUUUCCUGCACGACCUGCCGCCACUCAAGCAAGAUCCGGAGGUGGUGGUCAAGGACCUCCGCUUCGGGACCAUCCCCGUGAAGCUCUACCGGCCCAGGGCGGCCUCCAGCGGCCUCCGGCCGGGCAUCGUGUUCUACCACGGCGGCGGGACCAUCAUGGGCAGCCUGAAACUCUACCAUAGAACAUGCUGUUGUUUGUCCAGGGAGAGUGACUCAGUGGUUUUAGCAGUUGGAUACCGCAAGGCACCCCAGCAUAAGUUUCCGUCGCCGAUAAGAGACUGCAUGGUGGCCACCAUCCACUUCCUGAGGUCCUUAGAUGCGUACGGGGUGGAUCCAGCCCGGGUCGCGGUUUGUGGUGACAGUGUGGGAGGGAGCGUGGCCGUGGUGCUUUGUCAACAACUCCUGGAUCGUUCGGAUCUCCCCAAGAUCCGCGCUCAGAUCCUGGUCUACGCGGCUCUCCAAGUUGUGGAUUUCCAGCUCCCUUCCUGUCAGCAGAACAAAGACGUGCCGCUGCUCAGUUGGGACUUCACCUUCCGCUGUAUAUGUUAUUACCUGGACGUGAACCCCGUCUGGAAAAGCACUAUCAUGGAACACGCCCAUGUGCCUGCCGACCUCUGGGAAAAGUACAGAAAGUGGCUGGGCUCAGAAAACAUCCCGAAGAGGUUUAAGAAGAGAGGCUACCAGCCGGUGCCCCCUGCGACCCCGAACGAGAAUGCUUGCCUGGAGACAAACCUCCUUCUGGAUUUGAUGAACUCGCCCCUGAUAGCAGAAGAUGCAGUAAUAUCUCGGCUCCCGGAGGCUUGCAUUGUGAGCUGUGAGUAUGACCUUCUCAGGGACAAUUCGCUGCUGUACAAGAAGAGACUGGAGGACCUGGGAGUCCCGGUGACUUGGCACCACAUGGAGGAUGGUUUCCACGGGGUGCUCAACACCCUCGACAUGGGCUACUUGCAGUUCCCCUGCUCCAGGAGGAUUAUGGACAUCAUGGUCCAUUUUAUAAAGGGGUUGUGA